AAUCAGGAAAGUCAAUUUCAACUUCAUCACAACCAAAUCAUUAUUGAUUUAAUCCUUCAAUUUAACACCAACAACCGCGAAGUAUCAUCUUCACAUCAAAUCAAUCGAGGGAGCUAGAGCCCAAUGAGCGAUCAAAUCAGAUCUUCUUCAUCUACUCAGCCACGUCACCCAAUCUCUUGAAGAAGUUGUCGGCGGCAUAUUGGAAGCUCAUACAACCUCCAGAACGGCGCUCCUAGGACAACAGGACCUGGCAUCAAAGCUCUUUGUACCUUCUGGCAUAUCGUUUUUUCGUCUUCGUAUCGUCCUUGAUCAGAUCCCACCUUGUCAUCACGGGAAAUAACUCAAAAUGUCGGAGCUCACCUUCCCCGCAUCCUCAGCAGCUAUGCUAGAGUCCAGACUUCCACCUUCAACAAUAGCGUCUGAAACGUCACGACCAUUUGUGACACUCACAUUUGCAACUUCACUUGAUUCAUCCCUUUCUCUGGCACCUGGCGUCCGAACUCGACUUUCAGGACCCGACUCAAAAGCAAUGACUCACUAUCUGCGUUCACGGCAUGAUGCUAUUCUCAUCGGCGUUUCGACUCUCUUGGCCGAUUCGCCCGCCCUAAAUUGUCGUAUCACUGGUGCUACAAGUCAGCCUCGGCCCAUCGUCAUCGAUCCUCAUCUCCGAUGGACUCCUAGCAGCUCCGACAAAGUCCUAGAGGUUUCUCGCCUCGGUAAUGGUUUAGCUCCCUUUGUCCUGACUGGUGUGUCUAGCCAGGACUUGCCUGCUGAAAACGUUGCACUACUCGAACAGCAUGGCGGAAAGUAUAUCCAUGUCCCGACUGAAAUAGGACCCAACGAACGUAUGCGCUUUGACUGGCAUGAUGUAUUCAGAGCCUUGCAUCAUGCAGGCCUCUCCAGUGUCAUGGUCGAGGGAGGCGGCCAAAUUAUCAACUCCUUGCUCGAUCCUCUAUAUCACGAACUAGUUGACUCCGUUAUUGUUACUAUUGCACCAACUUGGCUUGGUCAAGGCGGCGUUGUCGUGUCGCCAGAUCGCCUUCAGGAUUCAGCAGGUACUCCAAUUCCUGCUGCGCGGCUAUCGAAUGUUUCAUGGCAUCCUUUUGGUGAAGACGUUGUCCUGUGUGGCGCGCUGCAUGCUUAGUGCCUAAAGCUAGGCUAUACUUAUAUACAAGCCUCCAAUUAGCUUCAGCUAUCCCUCUGCUCUACUCAACAUGCUUCUUGGAAACCCCCCUUGCUCAACCCAAACCCCCAUCUCUCCCUGUAGUCUUGUUCUAUCAUGGUUUCUACUAUCAUUGACUAGUGCAUUGGACCUAAAUGCCACCGAGUAUGAUAUGGACACUCCAGUGGCAACGCUGGGAGAAGAAUCGGUUUCUCUUUUUUGAGCAUUGUCAAGCAUGCAGGAUUAUAGGUGCAUUUGCCUCAAACAUGACCCAUCACCCUGAGUUCCAAGGUCACCAAUUCGCUCCCCAAUGGGCCCAGUGAACCACGGCGUGUCUAUUGACGGGACCACCAACCCAAGACUGACCAAAGACGCUCCAAUAGCCGCGAGUCCAGUUGGAAGCCGUCGUGAUUGAUUCCAUAUCUCGGGGUCAUAAGAACGGUAGUCCAUGUUUCGAAAGACUAUGAGUUCUUCAAUGAUAAUAGCAUCAAAGCAUCCCGCCCAAUAACCAAUCACAGACAGAAAGUUAACAAGGGACUCCUCCCAUUUAGCAGCCGCAUAGAUCGACAUGGGAAUCAUGUUAGCCAGCGUUGCGACGAUGAACAAGAAGCGUGGCACCUUGGCAAAUACAGGAACAAGCAUCUGCAAACACAAGGCGACUGAAUAAUUGGACAGCACCAUGUUGCCAACAACACUCAGAGCGAGGACGACAAGAACGAAUUUGCCAAACCCCCCUGCCGGUGCGAGCAUUUCAGCCAUGACGCCGCCGAUUCCAUAAUUAUCCCAAGCCGUUUGUCAUGAUUCGACAUUAGGAAGAGCUCCACCAAUGGCAGCUCCAAGAAUGAGCAGAGGCGUCGAUGGAGCGAUCAAGCCCAGAUACACGUACGUAAAGACCUUGAGCCUGCGAUUUGGGUGAGGGUUGUCAGCUUUGAUUAUCACAACACAAUAUCGAGAAGUCCUUACUUGGAUGACUUGGGGUCGUGAUAGACGGUGAAAUCGGAGACAGUACCGCCAAAUGUCAUGAAAUAUCCUGCCAUUAGACUUCCAUAUCCGAUGACACUUUUCACAGAUGCCGGGUCAUGGUCAGCCUGGUUCAUCAGAUGCUUCCCGCCACAGCCGACGGCAAUGACAAUGGCAACCAGGUUCGGUAACCAUUGCCACCGUUGCCAGACGUGGACUGCUCGAUAUCCUAGGAACGCGAGACAAAAGCUGAGAGUGCAAACGAUGCCGAUGCCUACGUUCACACUUAUGUCGGCCUUCCCGUUCACAGCUGCGAUGGCCUGUCCGCUCACGAUCGAUCCCACGAGCGUAAACCCUGUUACCGUUCCAGCAUUGAGCAGGAUGGGAAUGAUUCCAAGAUACAGCCUGUCAAAUCGAAAUGUCAGCAAUUUCUUUGCAAUGAUAUUUGAACUUGAGAGACUCACCCGAAGGAAUAUCGAGCCUGUAUCAUUUGUCUCAUCCCGGUCUUGCAUCCUCCGAUACUUAUAACAGCUGGGGGGAUGCAUGUUACAAUGUUGAAAAAGAUAAUUAUCAACGACACAUCUCGCAACCCCAGUCCGUAUACAGCCGUGCCGAGAGCACCAGUUGGCAACCUGAGAUUUUAUCAGCAUAUGCGAUCAUCUAUUGGUUAGGUUAUGUCAUUAACUCACGGCAGAAUACACAACAGACAUGUGAAGAACACAGUGAAAAGGUUGCUGUGCUGAGUUUGGGUUCUUUCCUCGAUGGGCACUGGCCGAACCCCAUUCUCCUCGACACCAGCGUCAAGCAAUCUCCUAUACCACGUCGAAAACACACCAGCCUUUGCGUUCUUGGUAGUCGAAACACUGGCACUUUCUCCAUUUUCCGUGUUGUUUCUGGCGUGUUCGGAUAAAUGGAACCCUUGGUUAGCCUCCAAAUCCUUGAGAACUGCCAUUGCGAUGCUGGUGAUCAGUAGUGCAAAGCCUUAGGUUUACUGGACAUGCAAGGAAGGGCUUAAGUCUCUGAUAAGCUUGAAUUGCUCUAGUGUCAUGGUAUGUCAAACCCGACCUUAAGAUAACGAAGAACCAUGUAUCUCUUACAUACGCCGCUGAAGUCUGUUUGCCUCCUGCAGUCGACCCCACUAACAGUCGUUCCACAAUAGGCUCAAUAAUAGUGUCUAGACGCUGUGAUCCUUUUCUUGCAGUCGACCUGGUCACAGUCAUCAGCCAAUAAUCUUGGGAGGCCAAGAUUUCACCAUCAAGGAGUGCAAUCGGAUGCGGAACCGUAUUUUGCAACUUUGUUCCCAACUGAUCUGUCACAAUAAAGUGUGGCUUGCUGGGGUGUAUGUUGGUGUCUAGGGGUUUACUGCAGUGUGCUUGUUCUAAACAACACAACAGCCAUGUUGUUUUCUGGGGCUGAGCCGAACCAACAUGGCUGAUACAUCACUGUACUUAGGGCUGAGGUGUGGUGUGCUUCUCAGUUGGUUCGAGCGGCUAAUCAGAUAGACCCAUGACAACGACUGGCUGCGGCAUGUGCUGCUUGCCACUCACAUGUUCAUCAAAGUCAGCCAUGAAGAUUUCUCUGCUUGCAUAAGGGCAGGGACUGGACCAACACCGAAAUGGCCCGAAACUUUGACGAUCAUGAUCCUGCUCUAAUGCAGAUAGAAGUGCGGCGCGGCGGCCCGUGUACAAGGUCCUACCAAGCUAAAUCAUUGCGGGACUGUGAUGAAACAUGGUCAUCAAAUACUCGCGAAAAAGGUGAUAGAUACAACAAUACAAUGGGGCAUCGUCUUGCUUUUCCUUUAUAUACCUGCGACUCGUAUGGAACGCCAACAAUUAGAUACAGAGCGGGUCAGCGUCGUAUGAAUACGGAUCAAG